CGCGUCGAGAUCCAUAUUGCGGGGCGGCAACCAAACAAAAAAGACUGGGAGGCCCAGGCCGUCGACGAAUACGCGACGCGCCUGCGCGGCACCGUCGACGUGACGACGACGUGGUACAAGACCGGCGCGAGCCUCGAGAAGCGGCUCGGCGCGCUCGCGCCCGUCGUCUGCCUCGACCCGCGCGGCGAAAAAGCCGACAGCGAGCGCUUCGCGGAGUUGCUCUUCGACGGCCUCGACGCGGGCGGCUCGCGCAUGCACGUCGCCAUCGGCCCCGCCGAGGGCUUCUCCGACGAGCUCCGGCGGUCUUCGACGCUGCUGAGCCUGUCAGAGCUCACGUUCCCGCACCAGGUCGCGCGCGUGCUCCUCGCGGAGCAGAUCUACCGCGCGGCCGAGAUCCGCCGCGGGAGCGGCUACCACAAGUAACUAGGCGUCGGCGC